UAUACAAAUCUGCCAAAAAAUCUACUUACUAUAUAUUUGCAUAAUGUUUUUACAGCCGAAGCCAACGAUCAAAGCUUUGAUAUUCUUUUGGGCUCACAGCAAGCGUUCAAUGCUCAGCUCUACAUCAAAGGUCGCAGGUAUACAAGAAUCUUUAAGCAAUUUACUAAAAAAUUAGAUUUUCCUAGCGUUUACAUAGUCAAGGCGAAAUGA